AUGGCUCAACGGAAAAGUAUUACGAGGAACAACAACGAUACUCAAACGAACACGCAUAGUAAUGAUCACGCCUCAAUCAAAACGUCGUCGCAUCCAGGAAAACGCAUCGUAAAAGCUACUCUGCUCUUUGUACUCUCAAUCUUCAUAUCUGCUGGUCUCUUAAGCUUCUUGGGUUGUUUCGAUUUCACAACUCUUGCAGGUCUGAAGCAAGUAACAACAAUAAUCACUAAACCACCAAUCAAAACGCACCAUAAAUUCCCUCAUCAAUGCGACGUCGUACAGAACCAAACACAACCAGUAGUGUCCGAAGAUGGCACAAAAAACAACAAACUCAGAAGCAGCCAUCCACGACCAGCCACGUGUCCUUCUUAUUUCCGUUGGAUCCACGAGGAUCUACGGCCUUGGAAAGAGACGGGAGUAACGAGAGGGACACUUGAGAAAGCAAGGAGGAAGGCCCACUUCAGGGUUAUAAUCCUAGACGGGAAGGUGUACGUUAAGAAGUACAGAAGAGCGAUCGAGACACGAGAUACUUUUACUCUGUGGGGCAUCGUACAGUUACUACAGUGGUACCCAGGGAGAUUACCAGAUCUAGAGCUCUUGUUUGACGCGGAUGAUAGACCAACCGUCCGAUCUAGAGACUAUAGAGGUCAACAACACCCGGCCCCACCUCCAGUGUUUCGUUAUUGCUCUAAUGACGCCAGCUUGGACAUCGUGUUCCCUGAUUGGUCCUUCUGGGGCUGGGCUGAGCUUAAUAUAAAGCCUUGGGCUAAAUCGCUGGUGGCGAUAGAAGAAGGGAACAAGAUGACGCGAUGGGAAGACCGUGUGGCGUACGCUUACUGGAGAGGAAACCCUAAAGUGGCUCGGACAAGGAGAGAGCUUCUUAGAUGCAAUGUCUCAGACAAAGAAGAUUGGAACACUCGUGUCUACAUUAAUGAUUGGGCUAUAGAGUCCAAAGAAGGAUUCAAGAACUCAAACCUAGAGAACCAGUGCACUCACAGGUACAAGAUUUAUGUAGAAGGAUGGGCAUGGUCAGUGAGUGAGAAGUAUAUAAUGGCAUGCGACUCAAUGACAUUAUAUUUGAGACCAACGUACUAUGAUUUUUUUAUACGAGGGAUGAUGCCAUUACAACAUUAUUGGCCAAUCAGAGACCGUGGUAAGUGUAGAUCACUCAAAUACGCCGUACAUUGGGGAAAUACUCAUCUGGACCAGGCACGUAAGAUAGGGGAAGAAGGGAGUAGAUAUAUAAGGGAGGAGGUGAACAUGGACUAUGUGUAUGAUUACAUGUUCCAUUUGAUGAACGAGUAUGCCAAGCUUUUGAAGUUUAAGCCGGAGAUUCCUUUGGGAGCAAAGGAGAUUACAACGGAUAGUAUGGGAUGUCCGGCGAAGGGACGGUGGAGAGAUUUCAUGGCCGAGUCUAUGGUGAUGUCUCCUAGUGAAGUGUCUCCUUGUGAGAUGCCUCUUCCUUAUAGCCCUCUGGAGUUAAGAGAGGUUCUUGAGAGAAAAGCUAAUUUGACUCGCCAAGUUGAGGUUUGGGAAGAUCAAUACUUUCGUAAUUUGACAAAUGGCAACAAGCAUUGA